UAAUACAAUAAAACCGGAAGCCAAAAUAAGAGAUAUGGCAAUAGAAAGGCAAGUGACGGAAGGAGAGGAGCCAGUAAGUCCAUUUGCGCGGUUGUUCAGCUUGCCGGGUCUCGAUGUCUUCAACGUUGUAACCAUUGGAUGCAAAACCGAAGGCAAUCCAUCAACCAUUGUUGAAGGCUUAAAAAACACAUUGAUUAACCAUCCACGCUUCUCUAGCAUACUGGUGAAUGGUCAUGGUGAGCACAAAGGCAAAGCUAAAUGGAUUCCAACAAAAGUAAAAGUAGAAGAACAUGUAGUUGUUCCGGAUAUAGAUCCCAACAUUGAGAAUCCUGAUGAAUUUCUAGAGGAUUAUACAUCAAGGAUGGCUCUUUCUCCAAUGGAUAUGUCCAAACCCUUAUGGGAGUUUCAUUUAUUGAAACUUAAAACAUCACAUGCCGAAUCUGUGGCCGUGGCUAGAUUCCAUCACUCUUUGGGCGAUGGGAUGUCUCUUAUGUCUCUAUUACUCGCAUGUACUCGGAAAACAUGUGAUCCCGAGGCGUUGCCUACUUUUGUGGCUCCAAAGAAAAGCAAAGCAAAGAACGUUUGUUUUGCUGUGGUUGCUUGGUUAUGGUUCAUAGUAAGAAUUAUGUUUCACACUUGUGUUGAAGUUAUCAAUUCUAUGGUUUUUAUUUGUUGUGCGAGGGACACCUCAGCUCAUAUAAUGGGUAAACCAGGAGCUACACUUCGCAAUAAUAAAUUUAUUCAUCAAAUCAUUAGUUUGGAUGAUGUCAAAAUGGUGAAGAACGCCAUGAAUAUGACGGUAAAUGAUGUUCUUUUUGGAAUGGUACAAGCUGGUCUUUCUCGAUAUUUGAAUCAAAGAUAUGAUCUUGAAGACAAACAACGUCUUCAUGGUGUUGUUUUUUUCAAUCUAAGGCCAAACAGAAAUAUUGAGGAUUUGGCAAAUAUGAUGGCAAAAGGUUCAAAGUGUAGAUGGGGGAACUCAAUAGGUUAUGUUUUGAUUCCCUUGGAGACGAAGUCAUACGAUGAUGUAUUUGAAUAUGUUCGACAAUCCAAAACCAUGAUGGAUCGUAAAAAACAUUCCCUCGAGCCUCUAUUUUCCCAUGGCUUACUCAAAUUGACAAUGGAAGUUUUUGGAUUUAAGGCACUCAAAACUCUUGUAACUAAGAUUUUUGGAAGCACAACGAUGGUAUUCUCUAAUGUGGUUGGUCCAACCGAAGAAAUUAGCUUUUUCGGCCAUCAGAUAUCUUAUAUUGCUGCAAGUACCUUUGGUAUUCCACAGGGACUCAUUAUCGGUAUUCAAAGCUACGUGGACAAACUCAUAAUCAACAUCGGAGUUGAUGUAGACGUGAUUCCAGACCCUCAUCACCUUUGUGAUCUCAUCAUCGAAGCUCUUUCAAUGAUGAAGUCUGCUGCUCCACAAAAGAUCUUUCAUGCUUCAGAGGUUUAAAACAAAACGGUCGGCGUGCGUAUCAUCUAGGUACAUUGUUACUAUUUUCAAUAUCUAUUCACGUCUAAUCCUGCGUUUAUCAUGAUCUUGUUGUAUGUCGGUGCACUUCUACAAUAAUUCUUCAUUCAUAAAUAAAUGUUUGCACGAACAUGUUGGGUCACUUCAUAUCUCCUUCAUCAUGAGGUCUGCAACGUGAGGAUGCUGGAACCUAUAAUUAUCAUGGACCCGCUAUUUAAUUUAAAAUUUUAAUGCACAGGCGGCGUAAAAACAAGCUUCAACCUUCAAGUCUCUUAACCCAAAAGUGAAGGCAUGGCCUAAUUACAAAAUAUAUUACAUAAAAUUUCAACAACAAAACACAAAAACCAUGUUACCAAAGACAGCAACAACAAAAAGUUAGGGUUUCAGAAAGCAAAAGUACGGAUCAACAAGCGGUGCCAAGCCUCUGGCCGAGAUAAACAAAAUGCCAUGUUAGAGACAUGAGCGUCAAAAUAUUUAA